AUGAUUUCAGACUCCCAACUCUACUCCCUCGCCAUCUUCCUCGGCUCGGCGGCCAUGCUCAUGAUCGUUCUCUACCACUUUCUCGAAAUCAACGCCCAAGACGACGCCGGGCUCGAGACGAAGCUGACGAGCGAAAAGGCCGGCGUCGGUGCCGUGAAACCUGUCACCGUUGCGGGAGAAUCCCAGUGA